AUGCGUCUUAUCCAUUCGCUCCUGCCAGUUAUCUCCGCUGCGAUGGUCUCCGCACAGGCCGAAUACGACGCCCUAGAAGCCCGGGCCCUGUUCAUCGGCACCGAUAGCUCGGAUCCCAUGGCCUCUGGACCCGCUGUCUUUCGUGACCCUCACAACCUACCCUCUGCAGUUGCCUCCAUGGUGUGGUUCCUGGCCAACAAGGCCAUGUUCUGCCCGCGCGAGGCAGAAGUGUUCACGGACCCGUUGGCGUACGACAACUUUUUGGUAGCGUUGAAUCAAUUCCGGGGGUUCACCCAGUCAAGGACUCGAGAAAUCAAGGUCCAGCUGAGCGGUAAUCUGAAUAUGUUUGUGGAGGAGAUCCUGCAGCAGGCCCAGGACGAGGUGCUUGAGGGUGUGGCCACGGAGAUGGGGCCGGGCCGGGAUGUGACCAUGAAGGAGACCGCGGUGGCGUUGCGAGGACUCAUCCCGCCGUUUGUGGAAGAUCGAUCAUGGAAGCACUGGGCUCUAACGACGAUCGUGAUCAAGCGUACAGAGAAAGGACGAGAAGGAGAUGAGGACGGAGAGGGACAGGGAUCGAGAGUGAUACUGGAGACAUCAAAGUUGGUCCUGCGGCUGUCGCGGGAGCCGCAUUCGGGUGUGACAGGAUUGGAACCACAGCCCCUUUUGACUGCAAGAUUAAACAAAGGAAAAAGAGGAUCGUUUCUGUAG